AGCCAUGCACGGCUCCCACUUUACACCGCCCGCCUUCAGAGCCCAAACACGACCAAGCACAGAUCACUUUAUCAUCUCCUCGAAUGUAAAUACGGUCAUUUAUUGAUUCGACGGGAGCGUGUCGUUGUUAUUAUGUUCGGUAGUCGUUCUAUGUGGAUUAUGCUGUUUGCCGGAGGCAAUGCCUACAGAGACAAGCCGAUGAUACUAAGAGCCUUUUGUGCUUUGUCUUAUUGACACGACAGUCAGUGUCAUUGGCGGCUGACGAUCAUACAGUAACCACCUGCUAUGUGUGCAGCAGCUGUUGAAACACGCAGCACAAACCACCUGUCGAAGCAAUGUGCACAACAACUGUUCCUUCCUUUCAGCAAUUUUCUUUGCUUGCUCCAUUCUACACUAUUAACAUGCCAAUGAGUAAGCGGUGACGUGACGUUCUUUCUCUUACGAAACUAUAAAAAGAGCGAUGUGCUUUACCAAAUGAAGAGGCGUGCCAGUAGCAGUAGCUGCGUGAUACCGAUUGAUUUUUAACAUUAUCUAAGCUUAUUUGUACAUUAAAUGCUUUCAAUUUGCUGUGAUGUCAGAGGAGUCGAGUCCUUCAUUAAUGGUGGUGACUACGAUACCGUGCACGGUUCCAUCCACCCAUCGAUCUCCAACCGAGUCACAGGUGGACAGUUCCGCAUCUACUUCGCCUCUAAUAUCCAGCAGCGGCGGACGAAGUAGCGCCUUCUCGAGCAAUUCGAGUCUGCGCAAGAACUCCAGCUUUCUUGAUGGCGGCGCUCGGGAUGUUCUUGCACCGACCGAAUGCGGCUUUCCAGUACCAAAAAAGGGUCAAACGCUCUACGAUUUUUUAUCAUCUAGCGAUUUCAAUUCCUUCAUGUCGCCCCUCGACAAAGAAAACGCCCAUUUCUAUAUUGCAGAAGUCGUAAUUCAAGCGAUGGAGCAUUUUCAAUGCUGGAAACGGAGUCGAAAAAAUGUUACUGCUCGAAAUAUUAGCAAAUCUGAAUUUGAGCGUGAGUCCACGCCAGAAGCCUGCCUUCGGACUCGCCGAAAACGACGAGAAUCUUGCAGAAUGCAACUGUCUGUCAGUGAAGACAUGACCGCUUCUAAUAAGGACUGCACGGCUUCGCUUAGCCUUUCGAGCUCGGAUCACGAUGAAGGCGAAUUCGACUCCAUAUCUAAGGCUUCCUUUAGAUCGAUCGAAUCUCAAGCGCCAAUGUCCGCUGAGAGAACUGCACUUUGUCUACUUCGAAAUUUUCGGGACAAACCUUUGCUAAAAGCUAGCGAUUUAAAGUGGAUUGUCGGUAAUGAUGAAACACCUCAACAGAUGAUCGUUUUGCCCGAUAGCUGGGCUGUUUCACCGGAUGAUAGCUCUAAUAACAUCCGUAAACGUGGCAGUGAGUUCUGGGCCCCACCCAGAAAGCAGAUCAUAUUCAAUAAGAUCUUCGCUGAAAGCACUGUGAAGAUCGCUCUCGAAAAACAAAAUUUACGUUGUGCCGGCUGCGGAAUGAAAAUGCUUCCGAAAACAAGUCGGCCAAGACUUUGUCACUACUUAGGCAAACACUUUUGUCAAACAUGCCAUCAUAACUACAAAUCUGUCAUACCAGCGCGAAUCGUGCUGAAGUGGGACUUCACGCAGUGUCCUGUAUCGGACUUCGCUAAGAACCUUCUCGAGUCAUUGUACUGUGAUCCUGUCUUCGAAUUGUACGAAUACCACCGGACCGUACUCAAGAAAUCGCGUAUGUUAGCUAAAGUCACGGAGCUUCGUGGAACACUAAUGAAGUCUGCUCAGUACGUCAAAAGCUGCAAGAAUGCAAAUAAAACACGUUUGCUUCGGAUACCCAUUCACCUUUACACGGAUCAAUUUAAAUAUUCACUGGAUGACUUCAUACAGGCCCGCAACGGCGAAUUGCUUCGUGCGCUACAGCAGACACAUGAGGCCUGCGUAAACCACGUCCGUACGUGUCAACUCUGUCGGGGUCAGGGUUUUGUGUGUGAGUACUGUCGUCGAGGCGACGCCAUCUUCCCAUUUGACACCCAGACCGUUGUCCAAUGUCAAGCCUGUAACGCUUGUUUUCAUCUUACAUGCGUUAUGAAGGGCCCGUUCAGCUGUGGGAAAUGCGAACGAAUUCGGCAGAGGUGAGCACUGCACUUCAAUCCUCCCGUGCAGCAGAAGCUGCUUUCUUACAAGUCACACACGAGAAGCGCAAAACAUGAGCAAGCACAAGGGAACUGCGUCACAUCUAUAUAUAAUACGGACCGUUACCUUUACCACAACAGCUGCCUGAUACCAUGAUGUAUGCUGUUGAGUAAAGUGCGAUGUACUAAAAGGCGUCCGAACAAUGGCUAAUUCUAUUCACAAUCUACCAAUGGAUUAACUAAGCAAUAUAUCUGAUUAGUGAUCAUAAACUUACUGUUGGACAGAUCAGCACAGUUGACACGACUUACUAGAGGAUAUAUCAUAUAGGAGUCAACUGUAGGAAAGUUCAAUAAAAUUCUGGUUAAUGCUGCAUGAUUUCAAAAACAAACGAAGGUCAUCAUCUAGGUCCAGCUCAUAACGUCAAACAAAAUGGAAGCAUCGUGGAGUAUAGUUCGUACUAUCAACUAGGACACCCUCUACGAAUAAUCUAACAAAACGCGGUCAUCCCCGGGCAUCAAUAUGGACCAUAAACUUUUCCAACUUACUAGCAAUAUGAGCAAAUUACUAUCAGCCAUGUUUUUAUUAUCUCAAUUUCUGCACAUGCAUACAUAUGAUAGACUUUGUGAGGACACCACUUAUGACUGAAUAAAAAAAAUGUUUCUAUUUUUUACGUGUGAUGCUACCAUCGCUUCUAAGCGAAACAACGUACGCCGGUUUCGAAUAUGUUAUUAAGUGUGUUUAAGUUGAUUAAAUGGGCGCAUUAAUUUACAAUUCGGUGAGUCGAAAUAGUCGUCGGUACUUGCGGCAACGUCGACAGGAAUGGUCGCCUAACAAAUAUAUUUCUAGCCAAGAAGACACUGAAUUAACGCUCAGCGAUGAAAGCUUCCACUGCGCACUGCUCAAAAGAGGACAACUGAAAUGAAUAGAUCUAUUAUUUCAACUUUACAUACAAAGGAGUACUAUGCAAGUUUGUACUCAAUAACAUAAAUUAGCUUUAUUAGAAUCCUAUAGCUGAUGCACAAGUUUCUCUGGCAAGAUCGCCAAUCAGAUUUUGAAAUAGGGGACCGUGCAUCUAAAAUGCUGGGCUAAUUUCCUCGAAACGAAAAUUGUCGUUGACAUUAGGUUGUCGGCGAAAAAAAUCCGGGUCAGUGGAGGGUUAUUUUUUUUGGAGAAUUUUGAUACCAUUUCCGUAGAAUCUGGUUCCGCGUUGAAUGUUCGUGUUUAUAGUAUUUCUUUAUUUGGUAAUCUUAUGAGUUACAUCCUAAGUUGAAGUUCAGAGCGAGAUGCCAUUGUGGUUAGGUAACGAUAUCAACGUGAAUCUUUCUCAUGAAAUAUGACAAGGAGCGUGUGAUUUUCCCAUUAUUAUUUAUUUUAACCAAGUACGCUGCGAUAAAUAAGGAGGCUUGCUACCCAAUUUGUGUUUGAAGGAGUAAUAUGUUCUUAAACCAUAUGAUUGUGUGGAAAAAUGAUGUUACACGUCUGCUGUAUGGAACAUGCUCGAAUUUUACCACACGAAAUAUCGGAUAGGCUACGAGCAGUCCUUAGAUCAUAUCUGUGUAUGUACGUAUAUAUAUAUAUUGUUACCUUUUAGGUAUCACACAAGCAGGGAAUAGUGUUGUCUGAUGCAAAUUGUUAAUUUUGUCCUGGUGUAGAAUACAGCCUUCUACAGCUGCCUAUUCUAUACCGAUUGCUUCACUAUAGGCGAGAUUUAUAGCGAGAUGAUUCUAUACGUUUAGAUUAUGGCUUGAGCACGAAGAAAGUUCAUUCUAUGUUCGACAAUCAGUAUAGUAAAUUUUUCAGCAAAGCUAUAGCAUACAAUCUGCGACACAUUCUCUCACCGUCCGGCCCUCCGUGCGUUUAGUUCAGAUGAAUAACUUGGCCCCUAAGCAAAUGUGUUUACUCUUACUAGUCUUGUUCGUUUCCGUGCAUCUACCGGUAAAAUCUUUCGUAGUUACUCAGCAAAUGAUAUCGACAAAUCGUCAAAAAUUUCACCGCAUCGGAGACGGACAUCACUGUUUGACGUGCUCUGGUUCUAGGCUAUGUAGCAUAUACAUUUGCAAUAUAACCCUUGUUAUAAAACGAUUGAAUAUAUGUUUUAAGGUGUAUUGUAUGACUAGAAUACAGCAUAUCGCUAUAUGACUAGAAAAAGUUUCCGGCCUGAAAAAUUGGGGUCACAAAGGUCGUGGGUAUUUCGGUGUGUUUUUAACCUUGCGGAUAAGCAUGUAAACCGACCAUUUCUAACAGGUGAGGUCUAUGGUAGUCGACUGCGCUCGCAGCUUAUAUUCACUACUCCUUGAAUUAACCUUAUGAAAACCAUUCAACCUCAAAACCUCACGUUUGAAAACAUAUCAGUCAAGUUAGGUUACACUACAAUCAAGUGCGUCUGUUCGCAUCGAAAGGCCGAUUCUAAUUUCCGGCAGAGCAGAUUACCUCAUUAUUUGCAUAUAAUUAUUAAUCUUCAAGUUUCCCUAUACAGGAAGUAGUUGCCACAGCGCUCUUGAAGCGAAAAAGUCGUUUUAUGUUAUGUACUACACAAUUUUAUUCUUGAAACAACAGGUUCAUCGAACAUAGGGCGUGCAUACGUGCAAUAGCAAAUGGGCUCCUAUUUAAUUUCAAUGUAUUUUCCCCUCGGUCGUUUCAGGCGAACAUCCGACACCAUCUACGAGGCAGAAGAAGCCAAAGAAUGCUAGCUUUAAAUAGUAAUGCGAAUAUACUUCUUUUCCGAGUCACUCAGAGCUCAAUCAUAUUGUAUCAGGCGGGUAGGGGGUCUCAACAUGGCUACAUUACAUUGAAGCUAUACAUAUAGAUUUAACGACAUUAUCAAUUAAUUCUCUUAGUCACCGGUAGACGUGAAAACCGGUAGCCAAGUAGGAGUGGGUCUCAUGUCGGGUACAAGUUGCGCCAGUUCACCGAAUUCGUCAGACAAAUAAUCAAUAUGGACUACAAUUCAUUAGUGACUCUGAACAAGGCGCCCAACACUGGUACUUUACAUUAUUACGAAUAGAUGCAUGCGCACAUCAGGCGUCCAACACACGUUUAUUUUAGUAGUUCUUUCACUAAAGGCCUAGGACGUCGUGAAAUAAUCACCAUGACGCUGCCACUAAUAAGACGGUGGCAGGUACCCUUGCCAUUACGAUGUAUAUAAUAACCCAGAACAGUGUCACAACAGUUGGCCUCAUUUGUCAAAGGUCUUUUGUCUCUCGUCACCUUCAGUUUGUGUCUGCGGUAAUAUAACGGAUGUCACUAUUACUCAUUAUCAGCAAGCAAGCACGAACUUACAUACAUUGAUUGAACUGAACCACCCUUGGAUAUGCGAAUAGAAACAUCGUAUCUCUCAGCUUCUGCUGUUACAAACGAAUCUUCGAUUGACGCUAGCUUUUUUUGUUGCUAUCAUCACUAUUGUCGUUUUUA